CUCUCUGUACACCCCGUGACGUAAAGACGCAAGGGGCAGGCGCAUUGUUUUGUGGCCGCCGCCGGUGCCUGGACAGAAACAGAAACCAUACCGCGGCUCUCCAGCUAACAACGGCAAUAUUCAGCCUGGAUAAGAUAUUACAAGCGCAGUUGUGAUCUGUGACAGUCUACAAAGCAACUAUGUCUUCGACAUCCCAAAAACAUAAGGAGUUUGUGGCAGAGCCCAUGGGUGAGAAGCCUGUGAUGGCUCUUGCAGGCAUUGGAGAGGUCCUUGGCAAAAGACUGGCAGAGAAAGGUUUUGACAAGGCAUAUGUUGUCCUUGGGCAGUUCCUAGUACUAAAGAAAGAUGAGGAGCUUUUCCGGGACUGGCUGAAGGACACUUGCGGGGCAAAUGCUAAACAACAAGGUGACUGCUAUGGCUGUCUUAAAGAAUGGUGUGAUGCCUUCCUAUAAACCAAUGAAUCAUUGUUUUCUACUUCUCAAGUCCAAACUGUACAUUACCUCUCCAGUGAUCUUGAUUCAAUUCAGCCACACCAUAAAUAUGAUCUAACACUGUACACACUGAGGUUUAUUGAAGUCAACUUGUUUUUAAAUUAAACUGAAAGCUGUUAGUGUGAUAUCUGAAAUCCUGUUACCCCCAAAUAUAACACAUGGACUUUGAAAUGUAGCUCUAGGCUAGUAAUUGGUUCUUUCUUCAAAAAAUAGUAAAAUGGGUGAGGAAUCACAAAAUAUGACAAAUCUAUUUGUACGUAACUUUUACUUACUGUCAGUAGCCAUUUGUAUUGCAGAUAUUUUGACUUGUCAUUGUAGUAAAAGCAUGAUAAUUUCUUUCCAUUUAGGGUUACCACUGAGUCACUGAGCCAUCAUGCAUAUAAGCAGGGCUAUGACACAAGGAAUCUUAAAUGCAGACUUUAUUAAUGUUAUUACCACUGUGUUUGACAAGUCAAAAUGUCUGCUGUGAGAACUGUCUGUAGAGGAGGUGUCUGAAAAAAGCUGCCUAGGUUCAGAAUAUUCAUUGUGCCCAAGAUCUUUGUAAUAAUACAUGUACUUUCUGUUUAAGAUUGAAUUUUAAAGACUUAUUCAUAGUUACCUUUUAAGCUCAACAUUGCCAGUUUGUUCUACGUUUAAACACUUUUAUUUUCAGAGGAACUCUAAUGUGUUUCAGUUCAGGACAUAGUUUUCUUUCUGUGUAACAUGAUGAUUUACCAGCACAGUCUCACACUUGUACUACUUCUACAACUCUUGGCCUUUUUGCCCCCUUUGGCUGUUUUUAAAGCCAUUGGAAAGUUGGUUUAAGCUGUAAUUUUUAAAUAGCAUGUCAUAUCGCAGUUUGCUAUCAUGUACUCUUAAAUCCACCUACGCUGUUUAAAUGAUUUCUUGAAGAGGUGGAUUGUCCGUUUGAAGUGUAUUACAUUGCACUGGCUGUAACUGACACACAAGUAGUAAACCUCAAAAUCUGGUGACACUGGUCUUUGCAGAGACAUUGAUUUUUUAAAAAAUAUAUACAAAGUCAACAUUUUGAUCCUGCUAAUAAAGAAGCAAAUUGGCCAGACUCCCACGUGUGGUCUGCUCAAAGCUUGUUUGACCCUGAAGAUGGAAAUGUAUGUAAAUAAAGAUGCAAAUGCAACAAACUCAGAA